AUGUUUGAUCUUGGAGCAAUCGAUCUGGGGUACUCAAUAAAUAAGUUUACGUGGGCUAAAGGAAGAUGGGGAAGUGCUGCAAUUAAGGAAAGAUUAGAUAGGGGAUUAGCUAACAUAUCUUGGAGACUAGUAUUCCCGAAAGCAGCUGUUCAACACUUAGGAGCUUUAAACUCAGAUCAUCUGCCUAUCCUUUUAGACACAAAUCCUGAUGAGUGCUUCAGCCCUCGUCCUUUUCGUUUUGAAGCUGCUUGGAUUCGGGAUGAGAGGUGCCAAGAAGUGGUUGAAAAAGCUUGGAAUAUAGAAGUGUGGGGUUCACAGCUAAGUAGACUUUGCAAGAAACAAGAUGCUACUGAAGAAGCACUCUGUAAGUGGAACAAGGAAAUUUUUGGCAACAUACAAAUGCGGAUAAGCUCACUGAUGGAAAAAUUAAAGAAAACUCAAGAAAAUCCAAUCUAUAAACAGAAUAAUAGAUUGGAGAUUGAUUUGCAAAAUGAACUAAAUGAAUGGCUUUACAGAAGUGAGUCAGCUUUUAUUCACAAUAGGUGGAUUGCUGAGAAUCAAGUUAUUGUCCAAGAGAUGCUGCAUAGUUUUAAAGCAAGGAAAAUGAAAGAGGGUUUAAUGGCUAUUAAGCUAGAUCUUCAAAAAGCAUAUGACAGAGUUAAUUGGAGUUUCAUAAAAGGUGUGUUGAUCAAGUUUGGUUUUAAUGAGGUGUUUAUCAAUUGGGUCAUGGAGUGUAUCACAUCAGUGUCCUUUGAGGUGUUGAUAAAUGGUGGGAAAUCAGAAAGUUUUAAGCCGGAAAGAGGGUUGCGACAAGGGGAUCCUCUAUCCCCAUAUAUCUUUAUUUUGGGGCAAGAGAUUCUCUCAAGGCUAUUGGAAAAAGAGUUUAAACACCAUAACAUUAGUGGAGUGAAAGCAAGUGUUGGAGGGCCUGCCAUUACGCAUGUGAUGUAUGCGGAUGACAUUGUAUUAUUUUCAAAGGCUUGUAGGAGAGAAGUGGCUACCAUAAAUCAGUGCCUUGAAACAUACUGUAGCUGGUCAGGCCAAAGCUUAAAUAGAAGUAAAUCUGGUGUGUUUUUCUCUAAAAAUUGUCAGAAACAAAAGUGCAGAGAAAUUAAACAAAUUCUUCAAAUGAAAGGGCUUAAGAAAGAUUCUAUAUAUUUAGGUGCCCCAUUGUUUCUCUCUAAAGCACCUUCAAAGGACUUCAAAUUUCUACAAGACAGACUUGAAGCAAGGCUAAUGGGAUGGCGGAGUAAAUGUUUAUCUUGGGCAGGAAGAAGCACACUUAUCAAGUCUGUGGCUCAAGCCAUCCCCACUUACUCCAUGUCUACCUUCAAUAUACCAGAGAAGAUUUGUGAUAAACUGGAUGCAGAAACCAGAAGAUUCUGGUGGAGGCCAAAAAAGGCUGAAGGAAGGUUUGUAGCUUGGAGGGCUUGGGAUAAGUUGUGCCAACCAAUGUGCCAUGGUGGGUUGGGUUUCAAAAAAGCCAAAGAUGUCAAUCAAGUUCUUUUGGCUAAACUUGCUUGGAUGAUAGCUUCGAAGAGAGAUAGCUUAUGUAUGAGAAUUCUCAGGGCAAAGUACAAAGUUAGAAAUGAUUGGCUUCGCAAAAAUCCUCCCAAGAGAUCUUCACCAGUGUGGAAAGCAAUAGAAGGGGCUAAAAAGCUUAUUGCAAAAGGGGCUUGUUAUUUGAUUGGAGAUGGUACAUCGGUGGAUGCUUGGUGUGAUCCAUGGAUUCCUUGGGUUCAAGGUUUCAAACCUAAACCAAAAGAUGAUUGCAUCAUCCAAAACCCUUUGAUGGUAUCUCAAUUAAUUGACGCAGGUUGUCGUAGCUGGAAAAUCAACCUUCUCCAAGAGUUGUUUGACCCAACUUCAGUUCAAGCAAUUAUCCAGAUCCAAAUUCCUUUGAACUCUAGACCAGACAAGCUUAUUUGGGUUCUAGACCAAAAGGGCGAAUUCUCGAUAAAGUCAGCCUAUCGUGUCUCCCAUGUCCUAUCUCCAAGUAAUGCUCCACAUAAUGUGCCUUGGCUGAAAUUGUGGAGGCUGAAAGCUCCAGAAAGAAUAAAAAUGCUAUUAUGGAGGAUAGGACAAAAUGCUCUCCCCACAAAAGAAAAUAUUGUGCUGAGAAUUGGUGGUGGGGAUCCUAAUUGCAUGUUAUGUGGUGAAAAUAUAGAAAGUUGCUGCCAUCUAUUUUUUAAAUGCAAUGUUGCCAGGGCUCUUUGGUUUGCUAGCUGGGAUGGUUUGAGAUCUGACUCCUUACCGAUCUCCACUACUAAGGAUAUUGUCAAACUCAUUGUUAACCCAAACAGCAUUUUGGGUGUGGAAACAGCAAGAAAUAAAGAGGAAAAUGAACUAAUCUCAUUGAGAAUAAUGAUCACAUUAGAAGAAAUUUGGUUCAUGAGAAAUCAACUGUUGCACAAUGCCGGGCACAUAAACAUUAGGGAGGCUUCCGAGCUUAUAAAGAAGAGAACUGUGGAAUAUGCUAAGACCUUAGCAAAGGAAAAGACUGAUUCUAAGGAUAAGAGCAUAGUUGGUUGGGAACCUCCAAAAGAUGGGUGGAUUAAGCUCAAUGUGGAUGCUGCUGUGUCUGAAAAUGCCACAGCUCUAGCGGUGGUGGCAAGAAAUGAAAAUGGAGAGAUGCUUAAAGUAUGGGCAAAAAGGCAUGAAUGGUGUUCUCCUUUGCAAGCUGAAACUGAAGCUGUAUAUUGGGCAAUCCAGCUAGCGCAAAAAGAAAAAUGGCAGCAUAUCAUCAUCGAAGGAGAUGCUAAAUCCUGCUUUGAUCCCCUAACCACACAGGCAAUGCAGCCUGAUUGGUCCAUUGCUACUACUACGUUUGACUUGGCAACAAUGAAUCACGAUGACGUGGAUUUCACUGCAAGCGCUGAGCUGGAACCAUAUUCUGGUGGUUCUACAGGCAUGUCAAAUAAUUUGGAAUGUCAAACAAGAUCGAGUUAUGGGGUUGUCUUGUGGUUUGAGACUGGUUUUACCAGCAGGUUCUGCAAAGAAAUGCCAGUUGUGUUGUCCACAUCCCCAUACACUCCGAAAACACAUUGGUCGCAAACAAUUCUUACCUUCCGUGAGCCAAUUGCCAUGGCAUCAGGAAAGCCAAGUGGUGAUAGAUUGGCCGCAAUUGGCACUGAGGCCUGUCCUGCCACAAAGAUUCAAUUGCGUGUUAGCAUUGCACGUGCUGUUGAACAUCGAAGCAUUGACAUUUCCCUAGAGACUGUUGGGAUUGGUUCUGAUGGUAGGAAAUGCAAGUGGCCUGUACAAAUUUUUAAUCUACAUUAG